ACUGGCUGCAGCGCUAAAUCGGGCCCAAUCUGGCAACACUGAAAUAGACAUCAAAACACGUCGUGAUAUGAAGUGGACCGCCGCUGGUUGAAGUUACGGCGACGCAAUGACGCGCAACCUUGGAUUAUACACUAGAAGUUGGUGAAACUUGGGAUAUUUUUUUGUUUUUGGGCCAAUUGUUUUGAAGGAGAAACGUUGAAGGGGCAGAAGUAGAAGCUGCUGACCAAAAAACAACAACAUGGGACGAGAGGGAAAGUUGACGGUUGGGAGGUUUAGCUCGGUAGCUCCUCGGCUAGCUCGGUCAUAACGUCACACAUUCGCACCUGACUCCAGAUCCAAAUUUUCUCCUUUGUCCGAUUCCGAAUCGAAUCGAUAUUAAAGUGCUUACAAGUUGUACAACAUCCUUAUCAAAUAUCAAACCCACCAACGCGUACAAAUUCCAAUCCUGGUUGUUUUUACUUCGUAAAUCUUUGGCGUAGAGACGAGAAUCGGGACGUUUCAUCGGCGCCAUCACUCCAGACGUCUUCACAUGAUAGACAUUGUUUUGCACAGAGGUAACUAACUCCACUCGAUCGAUAUUACAUCUCAGGUGCAUCGGGUGUACUAGCGGGCGACUCGGACGUCUCCGUACACCUCCUCUGCGGGGCUGUCAUGAAGCAGCAGCAGCGGCGGUGCGUCAUGUGCGUAAAAUGAACGCAGUAGCAGCAAGGUGUUUAUCAACGCUGGAUGUGCGUUACAACACUGAAGCCCUUCGUUUUUCAGUUUCCAUCGCAUUCAACAGCUAACCCUCCAACGCUGCCGGGCUACACCACUGGUGUCUAUCAUUCGUGUUUUCGUAGGUGGAAUUGCCGUAAGGGAAGGGUGGACGUUUUCGUAUUUGUCAGGUAAGACACACGACACAUAAUAACGCGUAUAGCGGUGAUUAGGAGAGUUAGGAGCCCUGGGUGCGUCUGCCUGCACAGUCUGCGGAUCUGCGGCGGCGAUGUGGUCGCGGGUCUAAAGCUGUUUUUUCAGCCGCAUCACACCCAUUUGGACCAUCGAUUGUGUUCAAUGUCUUUCUGAGAGGCGGUGGUUUGGACGAGCACAGGCGACUACCUAGAAUAGGCUUCUUCGUUUUUAUUUUUCCGGCUAACUUGUGAGCUGACCGUCCAAGUUUUGCAGCCAUGUCUGAAAACGCCCCCACACGAAGCCUGGACGACAUAGACCUUGCAGCUCUGAGGGAUCCAGCUGGGAUCUUCGAGCUUGUCGAGGUCGUAGGAAAUGGCACCUAUGGGCAGGUGUACAAGGGCCGUCAUGUCAAGACGGGCCAGCUGGCCGCCAUCAAGGUGAUGGAUGUGACGGAGGAGGAGGAGGAGGAGAUCAAGGCAGAGAUCAACAUGCUAAAGAAAUACAGCCACCAUCGCAACAUCGCCACCUACUACGGCGCCUUCGUUAAGAAGAGCCCACCAGGACAUGACGAUCAACUCUGGCUGGUGAUGGAGUUCUGUGGCGCCGGUUCUGUGACCGACCUGGUGAAGAACACCAAAGGCAGCUCUCUGAAGGAGGACUGGAUCGCCUACAUCUGCAGAGAGAUCCUCAGGGGUCUGGCACACCUCCACGCCCAUAAAGUCAUCCACAGAGACAUCAAGGGUCAGAAUGUCCUGCUCACAGAGAACGCUGAGGUCAAACUGGUGGACUUUGGCGUGAGUGCACAGCUGGACCGCACCGUGGGUCGGAGGAACACCUUCAUCGGCACGCCAUACUGGAUGGCACCGGAGGUCAUCGCCUGCGACGAGAACCCGGACUCCACAUACGACUACAGGAGUGAUAUCUGGUCGUUGGGAAUCACAGCUAUCGAGAUGGCCGAGGGAGCUCCGCCACUGUGUGACAUGCACCCAAUGAGAGCACUCUUUCUGAUUCCCAGGAAUCCUCCUCCCAAACUCAAAUCCAAGAAGUGGUCAAAGAAGUUCAUGGACUUCAUCGAGGGCUGCCUGGUGAAGACCUACCCCAGCCGCCCGUCCACGGAGCAGCUCCUGAAGCACUCCUUCAUCAGGGACCAGCCCACCGAGCGGCAGGUCCGCAUCCAGCUCAAGGACCACAUCGACCGCACGCGCAAGAAGAGGGGCGAGAAAGAGGAGACGGAGUACGAAUACAGCGGCAGCGAUGAGGAGGACGAGAACCGCGGCGAUGAGCGGGAGUCGAGCAGUUCGAUCCUCAACGUGCCGGGCGAGUCCACGCUGAGGCGCGACUUCCUGCGGCUGCAGCAGGAGAACAAGGAGCGCUCCGAGGCGCUGAAGCGGCAGCAGGCCCAGCUGGCCGCCCAGCGCCGGGACCCCGAGGAGCACAAGAGGCAGCUCCUCCACGACCGGCAGAAACGCAUCGAGGAGCAGAAGGAGCAGCGCCGGCGCCUGGAGGAGCAACAGCGAAAGGAGCGAGACAUGGCGAGGCAGCAGGAAAAGGGUCCCAACCGGAGACUCGACGACAUGCGACGGGAGGAGGACAGGAGGAUGGCCGAGAGGGAGCAGGAGUUCAUCAGACACAAGCUGGAGGAGGAACAGCGGCAGUUGGAGAUCCUUCAGCAGCAGCUCCUGCAGGAGCAGGCUCUGCUCAUGGAGUACAAGCGCAAGCAGCUGGAGGAGCAGAGGCAGUCGGAGCGGCUGCAGAGGCAGCUGCAGCAGGAGCACGCCUACCUGGUGUCCCUGCAGCAGCAGCAGGACAAGAAGCCCCAGCUUUACCACUACAACAAGAACCUGGAGCCCAACAACAAGCCCGCCUGGGCCCGCGAGGUGGAGGAGAGGAGCAAGCUCAACAGACAGGGUUCUCCCAAGAUCUGCACCACCGUCUCCGACACGGCCAUCCAGUCGCGCUCAGACUCCAUCAGCCAAUCAGGAGGGGGCCAGGCUGCCCAGACCCCGCCCAUGCAGCGGCCCGUGGAACCUCAAGGAGGGCAGGGCAAGUUCCAGAUGGCUCACCUGGUCCCUCUCAAGCCCUACGGCCCCGUGCCGCGCUCACAGUCCCUCUGCGACCAGCCCACUAAGACCAUGUCCGCGUUCCCCACCCAGGACCCCUCCCUCGCCCCCUCCCCCCGCCCGCACUCCCGCGAGCUGGUCCGCCAGAACUCGGACCCCACCUCGGAGAACCCCGCCCUGGCGCACCACCCCAUCAGGGAGGACCGGGGACCCUGGAUCCGCCUGCCCGACGUGGAGCUGCCCCCCAAGAUCCCACAGAGAACGGCGUCCAUCGCUGCAGCGCUCAACGCAAACCUCUCCUCUGGCAUCCGGCAUCCAGUUAGAGCCAGCAACCCAGACCUGAGCCGCAACGAUCGCUGGGAGAGAGGGGACAGCAUGAACCUGGUGUCCAACCUGCCCCAGACCGGCUCGCUGGAGAGACACCGCAUCCUCAGUUCUUCUAAGAUGGACUCUCCCAUUCUUUGUCACGACGGACGCCACAAAGCGGGGGAGUCUCGCACCUCCUCUCGCCCCAGUCGCCCCGCUAGUUACAAGCGAGCCAUAGGAGAGGACCAGGGCCUGUAUGCGAAGGAGCGCGCCGAGGAGCAGCCGCGGCCCCCCGUCAAGGCCAACGACUACUCGUCGUCCUCGGACAGCAGCGAGAGCAGCGAGGAGAGCGAGAGCGGAGAGGGGGCCGAGGAGGGGGAGAGCCCCACUGACCGUCACAGGGACGGGGACACAGACUCUGUGAACACCAUGGUGGUUCACGAGGAGGAGGAUGAGGAGGAAGAGGAGGGCGAAGGGGGAGAGGGGGAGCAGGCGGGGGGCUACGGGGACCAGACCAUGCUGGUGCAGAGGACCCCGGAGAAGCGGAGCCACAAUGGCUACACCAACCUGCCGGAUGUGGUGCAGCCCUCCCACUCGCCCACCGACUCUGCCGGCCAGUCCUCCCCCGGGAAGGACUCUGUGUACGACUACCAGUCCCGGGGCUUGGUCAAGGCCUCGGGCAAGUCCUCCUUCAUGACCUUUGUGGACCUGGGGAUGUACCAGUCCACUUCGGGCACCGGAGACACCGUCUCUGUGGGAAGCAUCGGCUCCAGGUUCGAGCAGCUGAAGAUGGAGGUAAGGAAGGGAUCCAUGGUGAACGUGAACCCCACCAACACGCGGCCCCACAGCGACACGCCCGAGAUCCGCAAGUACAAGAAGAGGUUCAACUCGGAGAUCCUCUGUGCCGCUCUGUGGGGUGUGAACCUGCUGGUGGGCACAGAGAACGGCCUCAAGCUGCUGGACCGCAGCGGCCAGGGGAAGGUCUACCCUCUGAUCAACUCCCGCCGCUUCCAGCAGAUGGACGUCCUGGAGGGGCUCAACCUGCUCAUCACCAUUUCAGGCAAGAAGAACAAGGUGCGCGUGUACUACCUGGCCUGGCUGAGGAACAAGAUCCUGCACAACGACCCCGAGGUGGAGAAGAAGCAGGGCUGGACCACCGUGGGGGAGAUGGAAGGCUGUGUGCACUACAAAGUUGUGAAAUACGAGCGGAUCAAGUUCCUGGUGAUCGCCAUGAAGAACGCCGUUGAGGUGUACGCAUGGGCGCCCAAGCCUUAUCACAAAUUCAUGGCCUUCAAGUCCUUCGGGGACCUCCCCCACCGGCCCCUGCUGGUGGACCUGACCGUGGAGGAGGGCCAGCGGCUCAAGGUCAUCUACGGGUCCUGCGCCGGCUUCCACGCCAUCGACGUGGACUCUGGGAACAACUACGACAUCUACAUCCCUGUGCACAUCCAGAGCCAGGUGACCCCCCACGCCAUCGUGUUCCUGCCCAGCUCUGACGGCAUGGAGAUGCUGCUGUGCUACGAGGACGAGGGCGUCUACGUCAACACGUACGGACGCAUCAUCAAGGACGUGGUGCUGCAGUGGGGCGAGAUGCCCACCUCCGUCGCCCACAUCUGCUCCAACCAGAUCAUGGGCUGGGGGGAGAAGGCCAUCGAGAUCCGCUCGGUGGAGACGGGACACCUGGACGGCGUGUUCAUGCACAAGAGGGCCCAGAGGCUCAAGUUCCUGUGUGAGAGGAACGACAAGGUGUUCUUCGCCUCGGUGCGGUCGGGGGGCAGCAGCCAGGUGUACUUCAUGACCCUCAACAGGAACUGCAUCAUGAACUGGUGAAGGGGCCCCCCAGGGGGGGAGCUGCCGAAGGGGGCCGAGACCCCGUCCUCGUGUAACGUCUCCUCCCUAACACACACACACACACACACACACACACACACACACACACACACACACACACACACACACACACACAUUGAGCUUAAAACUUCUCAAAAAUACAUUUCAACCUCCCUCCCUAGACCCUUGACGGAAAGAGAAUCAGGCCCCUACUAGGGGCCAUUAAACGUGGCCCCCGGCCAGCAUCCAUGUGGAAUCAAGUCAUGUAAAUAGUUCUCCUGACGCCUCUGUUCGGUUCUCUUUUGAAGUCACUCGUUAUUGAGUUGUAUUAGUUUUUGUUCUGUUAGGACAUUCCUCGGUGGCUGUGUGUUUUGAAGGGAGGGGCUUUAUAUGAAUGUGUGGAGAUUAAAAUUGUAAAUACACGUUUCCUUUUUGAGAUCUGAGUGGCUCGCACACCGUUGUCGUAGUCGACGUUUUUAACAGGGAACCAAAACAGGAAGUAUCGCGUGCAGCCGAACAGUGAUUGGCCCGGGCAGCGGGCCGUAGUUUGAACCCCCCCCCCCCCAAGUGCACGGUUGGGGGGGGGGGGGGACUUCAGUGAAAUAAAUCAGUACAAAUAUUACAAGCUGGGGAGUUUCAAGUAGCCUGCUGUAUCCGAGAUGUUAAUAAGUCAUCUGACGUCGACAGAUAAUAUAUCCAGCCGUUGGGCGUUCUGUUUUGGCUUUUCUUUUCUUUUUACUGACCUCUUUUCUGAGUCUGAAUUGCAAACAAGGCGAUCUUUCAAACGCUGGCUGCUGCGGAGCCCCGAAUGCUUCAGCUCACACACUUGAAAGAUGAAUAUCAAAAUAAUCAUCCAUAUUCACACACGAUUAAAGAGUAGUUUAGCAUUUCCAAAAGAAUGAGACGUUAUGUUUGGCUGUGAUUUCUUUACGUAGGGUUUUGAGCUGAAGUCCUUUCCUGGAAUUCUCCGGAUUGUAUCGAAACUUUCUUUUGUUGUCGUAGAUUUACAAGGAUACCUGCAAUGAUUGAAUAUUUAUGUGUAGUGAUUCUGUAUUGGUAUUAGCCUACUGAUAUUCUUCAUUUUAAUCUACUGUAAUGAUAUUGCUAUCAUAAUGCAAUAUAUGCUAUUGGUGUGGAUUAUUUUGCUUGACAAGAAACGACCGCUUUCAUAAAAUACAGAAGAGACGUCUCUGCGCGAGACAAACUGACUUUUGGGGACGGAGAGAUACUUUAUGGUUCAAAAUUGUUUUAACAAAUUUCUACAACGAUCUAAUCUAUAUCGUGUUUCAGUUUCCUUAGAUCAAGUCGAUAGCGUGGAUUUUGUAUGUGUUGGUUGAGGGUUGCAGUAGUAGAUGAGUGUAAUCACGAGUAACAUUUCUCAUACUCCUGUGUUUUCUCCGGCUUUGUAAUACUGCGACAGAAGACUUUCCUUUGAGGAACUCUCCAGAACAAGACGUGUGUGUGUGUGUGUGUGUGACUCGGGUGCGGUUGAGUCCAUGACACUGUCCGUUAUCGAGGUACCAAUUAGUUUCUGGGCCACCAAAGGCGUAGGUUAUAUUCUGGCAACAAACAGACUCAUGUUAUUGAUCACAAACUAGAAUUCCUUUCAACACUUUGAAAAUACUUGCCAUGGCAUGUAAGAAAAUAUAUUUGUUUUGCAAGGAAUACACCCGUGAAAUAAUGUUGUGCGUUAUCAGAAAAUUAGGUGCAAGCUUUUACGUUUCUGAAAGGAAUCUCCGCGAGGUGUUCAAGGAGAUGUAGUCAACAAUAAUAUUCCAUGUGUUCAGGGCAAAGUUGAAAGAUAAUGAGGUUAAAAUAGCUUAUAUUACAAAAAAAGUAAAUGAAAUGCACUUUCACUUUAAAACCAUAUAUAUAUAUAUCUAUAUAGAUAUAAAUAUAUAUAAAAAAUAAUAAGCUUUCAUGUUUCGAUGACCCGCUGAAUCAAAGGGGUGUAACGCACCCCCGCUCCAGAAUGUGCUUCAGUCCUUAAUAUCCAAUAUGUGCCAUGACUUUCGGUUCAAGCGUCAUAGUUAGCAUUUACAUAGCGGCAAUCCUAAAGCAAUCCUAAUUCAAGCCUCAUUUCUAAUCCUCGUCUGCCAUGUUUACAGUCUUAGCAGUGCCUUGGAGUUAGGAAGAGUGGGGGUCUGCGGUGUAAGGAAGACUUUUUAUCCCCUUCCCUUACUAGGAGCGCCAUGAUGAGGGAAUGCACCCGGAACACAGGGCUGCUCGUGGGAAUGGUGUCCUGUACUUAGUAAAGUGCACUUAAAAAGAACAGCAAGGAACAGAAAGAGAGGGAAUUAAGAUUGUUUGACAAAGUCAAAUCAAUAAAUACAAUAUACCUGAAUAUAUAUAUAUAUAUACAUAGAAGUAAAAAAUGAAAUGUAGUUAAAAUAGGGGAUUUGUGUGAAGGUUGUCUGACGGUUUAAUUGCUCUUCAGAAAGGUGUGAAACAAGUUAAUUUACGUUCAGAAGAAAAAAGCCAUAGAUGGAAAACAUUGUCGGUUAGUUUUUGUGCUCAAAGAAAUCGAGCACAAAUCGGAUGUCGUAUUUUUUUGUAGAUACUUGGUCUCGAUGUAUAACAAAGACAAUGGUUAUUCUUUUAUAUUGUUGAUGUUUAAUCAUAAGUUAGGAAAAUUGCGUUAAUAUAUUCUAAACUAUUUUGUUAAAGCAUAUGUAAAUUAGCCUAUAUAACGAGAGAAGGAAAACUGAUAUACAUAUAUGAAACAGAUUUGUAUUUGUAUAAAACUAUGUGUGGUUAUAUCAAUGCAAGCACAAUGUAUUCUAAAGCAGUGGGAGCAAAGCUAUAUUGGACUAUACCCAAUCAGAGAAGAGACGACGUGUGUCUUGGAUUUUUAUUGGCUGUAAACAGAUCUUGGGUGUCAUGGUGAGACUCAUUCCUUCAAAGACACAAAGCCAUGUGGAUUAUUGUUAUCAUUGGGCAAGGAUACUUUGGUGAUGUCUUUGUGUUCAAUGAGGUCAACGUUGUACUUUGAAUGAAGUUCAGACUUAACAAAAAUAAGGUUAAGACUUUGUGCUUUUCAAUUUUUGUCAUUAUUCAGGGUUUGAGUAUAAGAAUGUCAUUAGAUGUUUUUUUUUAUCAAACAUUUCACCUAAAAAAAAAAUGCCAUUGAAUUAGAAUCAUUCUGAUGGUUUGCUACGAUAGUAAUAAUAAAAAAUUAUCUGUAUUGCUUUUUCUGAAUUCAUUAAAAAAAAAUCUCAAACGCCCACUUGGUUGAAUGUGGAAAUGUCUGCAUGUUUUGAUGUCACUUUUUAUAGAAGCCUUUCAUUAAAAUGUAAACCGUCAACAUAGUCGCCCUCUACUGUUCGAGCUUGCAACUGCAUUAUAAACUUUGUUGAAUGACGUCAACGUGUCAUCUAGGCCUAUUCCAAUGAAUUCUGUCUUUGAGAACUUCCAUAUCCCAUACGAUGCGGUUUUUCCGUUUCCGAAACUUCCAAAAAAAUGCGGUUUCCCACGUGGCUCAUCAAAGCUUCAAGAUGAUCAUGCUACAGUGUUUGUGAUCCAUGCCUAUCUUAAUCUGAAGGCCAGGAAGGGGAAGUCACUAUGGCAGGUGGGGCGGUGCGGUACAGAGGGAUUUUAAAAAGCAAUAUUAGUGGUGUUUUAAAAUAUAUAUUUAUCCCAAUUUGGCUGUCCAUCUCUGUAUUACCCUCUGGAUCGUGUGUGUCUGGUGGUCUUCGACAGACUGUGUGUAUGCAGGUCCGUUCUGUACUGUGUUUUGCUAUUAAUAUCGAGAAAUCGCUUAUUAUUAUGGUCCGUCGCUCAAUAAUACAAUCACUCAACGAUUUGGGAUGCCUGUUCUAGGUUUUGCUUUUAUCAAAGGAGAUCGCAGAGGUUGCCUUUAUGACGUAUGAGAGUCGAAACACGGGGAGCGGUUUAGAGUUGUAGAGAGAGCGCGUUUCAGCAUAUUAAAACGAAGCGCUCCUCUCCGUUGAGUUGUGUUUAACUCUGAAACCACGAACGCAGCUGUUCCUGAUGACUGCCGGUCAGGGAGGACGCAGGAAAAUGUCAUCUUUAUUACUUUUCUUCUUUCUUUCUUUUUUUUUUACAUCUUUGCAAUGUUAUAGUAUGUGUGUAUGUUUGUGUGUCUGUGUUACUUGUGAAAGGUUAACUCAAGAUUGUAUUUCAUAGACUGAACUUUCAAGAUUGUGUUGAACUCAUUAAUGUCUUAACACAGAAAUGUUUGAAAGAAAUAAAAUCAAUUGAUCUCAA